GUAGGUCCGAGGACCUUGAAUGCCGUGAGUGGUGAAGGAAAGGAAAAGAGGGAAUUCAGGACUCAGGAGAGGACUGAGUGAGACAGCAUGUCCGUCCACAUUCAUUCAUUCAUUGCCAUUGAUUUUCCAAACCCCAAACACACCCUCAAACCCACAAAACCAUUUUCUCAUUCUGCUAUAAAAAUCACCGCUUCCAUUCCCCACCCUCUCAGAUUCGGACACUCCAUCGCUUUCUUUUCGUAGAAUCUUGUCCUGAUACUCAAGAAUAGUAGAGGAUCCAAAUCCAUAGUAGAAGGCCUCAUGACUCAUCCUAUACUUUAUGGAAACCUUUAAUGUGUACAAUUAUUCCGUGAAAUGAUUUUGAUUGCUUAAAAUUGAUCCAUAGAGAGGACUGACGGACUUGUUUACAAUGUCAACUCUGAGCAAUUCAACAAAUAUAUUUUGGCAAGAUUGUCAAGUAGGAAGGCCUGAAAGGCAGAAGUUACUUAACCAAAAGGGAUGUGUUGUAUGGAUUACUGGACUCAGCGGAUCAGGAAAAAGCACAUUGGCAUGUUCCCUAAGCAGAGAACUAUACACAAGGGGAAAGUUAUCUUAUGUCCUUGAUGGAGAUAACCUUCGGCAUGGACUAAACAAGGAUCUUGGUUUUCUACCUGAAGAUCGCACUGAAAAUAUUCGCAGAACUGGAGAAGUUGCAAAACUCUUUGCCGAUGCUGGUUUAAUAUGUGUUGCUAGUCUGAUAUCUCCUUACAGAAGAGACCGAGACAGUUGCCGUGCCAUGUUACCUGAUGCGAAUUUUAUUGAGGUCUACAUGAACAUGCCUCUAGAAUUGUGUGAGUCAAGAGAUCCAAAAGGCCUCUAUAAGCUUGCUCGGGCAGGAAAAAUCAAAGGUUUUACCGGCAUCGAUGAUCCUUAUGAACCACCCAUAAAUUGUGAGAUUGAAAUCAAGCAUGAUAAUGGUGUUUGUCCAACACCAACUGUGAUGGCUGGACAAGUGGUUACUUACUUGGAGAAGAAAGGAUUUCUUGAACAUUAGGGUGUUCAAGUGUAAUCAUAUUACAAAUGUGAUUAUUCUCUAAUAAUGAUGCUUCUUCUACAUGUUAAAAAAAAAAAAAUCCUAGGAAGGUGCGGAUAGGAGAGUGGUAAGAGGAUAAAUGGAAUUGUAAAAUUCAUCAAUUAAUAAUUGUUACAAUUCAUUCUAUAGAUUUAUCAAGAAUUUCAGGAUAUUUUACAA